UAUGAAUUAGUCCAACUUUAUAGGUCCAUCUGUCAAUAAAUCACCUGUAAAUUUGAAUUAAUCAACUUUUGAAAUCAUGAAACGUUUCUUAAUUCUCGUCGCUAGCGCUUUGUUGUUGGUGCAGUUCUCUCGAGCAUUGCCGCAUGUGAAACGUGAGUCCGACGAUCAAUUGUCCACCUCUGAACUACAGAACGCUCAAGAGCAACUGAUGACUUCUACUUUUAGCGAAAUAGGUAAACUAUACAAAUGGAUACUCGAGGAUGGCAGCGUAGUCGUCAAUAACGCUGUUAAGGAACUCAAUGAAAUUGCAGUCAAAGAUGAUCUAUUACAAGCGAAUAUCACACGGAUGUCUAAAAUCGGAACAGAGAUUUCUCAAUUCAAACUGGAAUCGGACGAUAAGAGCGUUACAAAACUUUUGGAAUACAUGGCUAGUUUCUCUACAAUGAUAGACGAUUAUGAGCACAUGCCCAACGAUUCGAAAUUGAAAAUCACUCUAAAGACAGCUUUAGAUAAUAACGGAUACAAUAAAUUCGAGGACGAAUUCGAAAUGCGAGUCCUGGAGUUGUUUAAGAAUUUCGACCAUGCAUAUGCGGAAUAUGUGAACACUUUGACGACCGAAGAAAAGGAAAAGCAAAGCAGAUUCCUUCAAUGGCAUGAAGCAUUUACAGCUGAAACCGACAAUGGAAAGAAACUUGAAAAGUUUGACGAACUGUUUGUUUAAAUUUCCAACGAGGCGCUAGAUUACAAAAAUAAAGUUGGAUUUAGAAUUUAGUUUCUGCACAUUUAA